AUGCGAUGCGCGAGCAAGGCCGCCGAGAGCGCGUCCGCACGUCUCUGUGCGGACGCCGAAGCAGAAACCACAUCAACUGAUGUCUCAUCGGUUGCUGAAGCGACCCAGCCUGUGUCACUUGGUGAUGCAGGCGCUGGUCAUGAAGACACUCAUGUCUUCACAGAGCACGAGCUCGGUGUCUCAUACUCUCCUGAUACGGAAGACGGAUCCGUAUCGACGGUAAUCGAAUCCAAGCCGCCUGCCAAGCGUGGCAUGGAUGAUGCUAUGCGUCGUAGCAUCUUUGGUUCAUCUGAUGAAUCAGAUGAACCAUCGCCGAAGCGAAGGCGCUCGAGGUCGCGAGACUCGGGCGCUAAUAGUGGUGUCGGUUCUCCUAUUGACACCACUUCGCAACGAGGUGCCAGAACUUCUGUUGGCACGUAG